CUGGCGUUGGAACAGAUCCUCGUCUUCCUUCUCAUCAUCGAACGCUGGCUGCUGCCCAGAGGCGACCUGACACGUGACGAGCUUUCUCAGCUCCUAUUGGUCUACAUCGGUAUGGCCGCCAACAUCGUGGAGCUGUUCGAAGUGUUCGAAGAGUAGAACGUGAUGUUAAACACCCGGGUGGUCUACUCGGUCCUCGCGCUGUUCUCGUGGAGUCUGCUACAGUUUACAAUCGUCUUCACAGCCGUCAAGGCGAGGAAAUCUCGUCCGGGCGCGAUAAAUAUUGUAGAGACGGUUAACGUUGAUCAUACCAUCUCGCGUGAUGGGCAAACAUUCAACAUCGGGCAAACCCGGCCGCCCAUGUGGCACAACGUUCACCACCGGGACUCGGUGUGCCAGCACUGUGGCGCCGCCAGGCGACCAGGCGAGGAAGUGCAGAAGAAGAAGCGGACAGUCUGCGGUUGUUGCCACCCGGACAUCUUCGCGAUCUCCACCACCAUCCUGAUGCAGGACGGUCCGUUCCUGGCCUUCCGGCUGUAUCUCAUCUUCUACGAGCACAUCAUCACGCAGGGCCUGCUCUUUUUCGUCGGAAAGAACGCGCUGGUGAUCGUGCUGCAGCUCUAUCGAGUCAUCGUCAUCUGUACCGAGGAUGAGAAAGACGACAGCCACGUAGAAGUAAAGGAGCUAACUGACUUCGUAACUAUCAUCAAAGACGACAACAGGAACACCGCCGUGGCAGCGUACGAAAAUGGUGGAAUGGAUCCAGAGAUCCACGAGACAACUGUUCCUGGAGAAAAUGGCCAGUAAUACACUAUGCAAGUUAAUGUCUCUCACAAGACUAGGUAGAACAAGACUCAUUCCUACUAUUAUUAAAUACACUUUCCA